AUGCGCAGAGAGGCGCGCAUACAGUACACUGUGCGGAGAGCAGAGGAGCGGUCUCUGAUUGCGGGCGUCGGGGCUUUAAAAGCGGGCGUCACCUCGCGGCUCCGCAUCAGCAUCUUCAGGCGAGAAGACAGCGGAGCGAGCAGACGAUUAAUCAUUUGCGAUGAUGUCACUGCAGAAGCCUCCCCUCCGACGCAGUGCAUCGACUGUAGAAUCGACCAAUCACAGCGGGCCUAUAUUGACUCCGCCCACCUCGCUCAACUUACGCUCCUCCCACAACCUGCAGCUGAGCUGCGACACCAUAAAGGAGGGCGUGGUCACCGUUUCCAAGGAAACACAAAACUCGAAGAGUCGGCAUAAAUAUGCCCUGACCAAUAUCCAAAAUGCCAUGGGUUUGAGCCAAAACCCCGCCCCUUUUACCCAAAGCCACGCCUCCUCCGACCGAAAACCCGCCCACCCCACGAAAUCCGCCUCCUCCUCAUCCCUCUACUGCUCCUCGCUCUCCUUCUCCACCUCAAAUCCCAAACUGGCCAAAAAUGGCACGAACCUUCAGCUCAAAGAGGAGCAGCUGGACCUCAACAAGAACGACAGGAACCUGGUGAGGAGCAGCUGUGAUUGGCUGGAGGGGAAGGACAACCAGAAGAACCCCACCAUCAGGAGGAGGACCAAGAGCUUUCUAGAGUACCAUCGAGAAGAAGACGCCCCAAACAGCCCAGAUAAAGACACGCAGCCCGAGGAGAAGCACCUCCUGCCCAAACUAGAGGCGCAGACGUGGGCUAAAGAGAACCACGUGGAGGCGCACCUCACCCUCCCCCAGAACCACCUGCUCCUGCUGGCCAGCGAGGAAGAGGAGGAGGACGAGGAGAGUCCUGGAGAGACGCUGGAGGUCCACCAACACUCGCUGCGACCCAAUAACGAGCGCCUCAGCCGCAUCAGAGACGGAUCUCUGCUCAGGAGUCCGUUACGCCUGAAACUGAGAGGAGACGAGCCGGAGGAGUCGCCCGAACGCCCGUCCAGACCCGAAAAACAGGAGGAGGAGGAGGACUCCAGCUGGACCACGCUGUCACAGGAGAGUCCGUCCGAGGAGACGCCUCAGGACACAGGUGUUUGGGAAGAGCCUCCUCAGGUUCAGGACGUGUCUCAGGAGUAUUUCUGGCGUAUUUCAGCCGAUUCCACUCCUCGAGAUCAGCCCGUGGCUGGCGACGCCCACUCUGACCAGGAGGCGGAGUCAGGGGUGAAGGGGGCGUGUCUCCCCGUGCCCUGCACUAAAGCACAGACUGAGCGUCCCAGCAGUAUCGUGUCGGACAGCUCUGUUGAACCCGUUCCUUCAUCAGCGGCCUCUUCACCCUCCUCUUCCUCGCUGUGUUAUGAGACGAUGGGUCGCGCCGCCGGGUUACUCAACAACAACUACCUGGACCUGACAGAGACAUGUGAGUCCCGCGAGCGAGAGAGUGUAGGAGCUCAGGGCGGCCCGUACAGCUUCAUCAACCACAGAGCUAGAGUCCCAUCAGCCCCAGCAGACACCGUCAUCCCCAUCAACGACCCGGAGACACAGGUGUUUGCGGUGUGUUAUCUGGGCUGGCUGGAGGUGCGAGACGCAGAUGUGAGGUCAGUGAGGAGCGGCGCGGUGUUGAGCGACUGCAUCCAGCAGCUGCAGCAGCACAGAGAGACGCAGAGACCGAGGACUCGAGCCAUGCUGCUGGUGCUGCAGGACAUCACUCUGACCCUCAUCGACCCGGCUGACCACACCCUCCUGCACUCUCAGCCAAUCAGCUGCAUCCGCGUCUGGGGAGUGGGGCGGGGCUUCAGCAGGGAUUUUGCGUAUGUGGCCCGUGACGAGAACACGCGUGUGUUGAAAUGCCACGUGUUUCAGUGUGACAGUCCUGCGGAAAGCGUCGCCAGCGGCCUGAAGCAGAUCUGCUCGAAGAUUAUGGCUGAUCGCAGGAGCGUCGGCCCCGUCGCUGGCUCCUCGUCUCAGAUCAGCUCUGAUGUUCCUCUGAGAGUAGAGUUUCCAACACCAAAGACUGACCUGCAACACAGUUUCCACGUGCUUUACCUGGGAAUGACGACAGUACUGCGACCUAUAGGAAUGGACAUGAUAAAUGGUGCGAUAGACAGUCUGAUGUCCUCUGCAGAGAAAGAGGAUUGGACCCCCGUCCUGCUCAACGUCGCUGACGCCACAAUUACUGUCAUUAAAGAAAAGGAAGAAGAGGAGGAAGUCAUAGUGGAGUGCCGCGUGCGCUUCCUGUCCUUCAUGGGCGUGGGGCGUGAUGUCCAUACGUUUGCGUUCAUCAUGGACACGGGAAACCAGCACUUCCAGUGUCACGUGUUCUGGUGCGAACCCCAUGCGGGAAGCGUGUCGGAGGCCGUGCAGUCGGCCUGUGUGUUGCGGUAUCAGAAGUGUUUGGGGAAGCCUGACUCCUUGACUCCGCCCCCUUCUGACUCCGUCACCCGCCGUGUAACGUCCAGCGUCAAGCGCGGCGUCCAAUCAAUCAUAGACACUCUGAAAAAGAAGCCCGCCCCUGAGGUUCCCAACCAAUGACGGAGCAGAACGGCUGUGAUUGACAGCAGGUGUGUGUAUGUGUGUAUUUACUGAUGCAAACGAGAAGAGAAACACAGGCCAACAUAUGAAAAAAAGACAAGCAAGAUGAAUGAGAUGUGGUCGGUGCGUAACUGCGCUGAAUGAAGCAUGCGUCUGCCUUACACGAACACAUUCUCACUCAAGUAUUUCAAGGGCGUCAGUGUUCAUGUGGCACUGAUCCAGUCACGUUCAGAUCAAUGUUAUGUCUUCACACGCGUGACCUGGAUUCAGUGCAUCUCAUUUCAAACACCCGCUCAUUCACACACUCGGGAAAUUGGAUCCUUUGAAAUUUUUUUCUCUUUCCCCAAGAAAUUUAGAGUGAAUUUUCCGCUGUUGGAAAGUGUGUAAGAUGUCUCCGACUCACGGCCUGGCUGAUGCAUCAUCUCUCAUCACGAUGUUCAGUGGGAAUAUUGUAAUACACCAGAGUCUGUCUGUAACAUCUGCUCAGUCUGAUACUGUAAUAAAGAACUGAACGGGGAUUUUCUGAUCUCACACACACUCCUUUAGUUAAACACUGUGGCCUGAAAGAGUCCCUGCGCAAGUACACAGACGUGAACGCUUGGAAAAUGUGUGCUGCUUCUGUACAAACCCAACAUGAUCCUGUGGGAAUGAAAUAACCAAACCACAAGAUGUUUCUGAUCUGAGUUAACAAAAUAUCAGAAAACUCUCUUAUUUUGCUGCCCUUUUUGUGCGUAACAGUCAAAUGGUAAAAUAAAUUCCCUCAAGAAUCCCACAUUGUAAAAAGUAUCCUUAAAAAGCAACACUUCCUAAAAACCAUUUCUCCACCGUGACUCCUUGAGCAAGCAUAGAGGAGUACGAUUUACACAAACGCCCGCCAUAACGCCCCUUUGUAGAAGAGCUGAAGAUACAAAACAUGCUUGCAUUGCAUUAUGCAUCGUGGAGCACAGUGAUGCCUGAACAGAGCUUGCUUUGCUAAGAGAUUUGUGAACUUGCGCAGAGCAUUUCAGACGCUCACAUACAUGAGGAGUCCCUGCUAGAGUAUAAGCAUCAGAUAUCAAACAAACACAGGAAUGUUAUUUUUCACAGAAUGGUGUUUUGAAACCAGAUCUACCACUAAAGACACUCAUUUUUACACCAUAUUAAUGUAUCAUGUUGUGGAAAUAAAUUACAUCAAAACAAA